ACUGUGCGCUACCAGUUGCUAUAAUGACGCGGUUUAUUUGUGCCCAAAUUUUUUUCGUCGCCUCUGUGGUUUUUGCGGUCAAUUGCUUAACCAUCAACAAUUACCAUAAUGGAUAUACUGCGGUACCUGUAAAACUGCGCCAAUCAGAAAAAGAAAAUCAGCAGGAUCUCUCCAAAGUUCCCGGGGUACCUGGGGUAGAUUACCCGAUUUACCAUAGGGUGCCCCACACAGGUUUUUCUUGCCAUAACGUCCCCGUUCAUCCUGGAAUGUAUGCCAACGUUGAAACAGGAUGCCAAGCUUACCAUGUGUGCCACGAUGGCAGAGAAGGCGAACAAGGUUCCUCUUUCCUGUGCACCAACGGAACAAUUUUCAAUCAAAAAGAAUUCACUUGCGAUUGGUGGUACAACGUCAACUGUCACGAGGCUCAAGAACACUACAGGCUCAAUUUGGAGCCAGGCAAAAAUCCUUACUUCCCCACCCCGAAGCCUGAGGAAGAGCUGUUGAACAAAUAUGUUCAUGUGGCGGAUAAAUACUAAUAAUUGAUUUAUUAAAUUAUUGUAAAUAUUUAUUUUGAGUAAAAUUUGGAUGAUA